CAGUUGAACAAUAUUUCGUUGCGAAUACUUUACAAAAAUGAGUUAAUUCGGAUAGCGUUUAUGAAAGCAAUUAAUAUUUAAUCUCAUUCUAUUCGUAUUAACUGAUAUUCAAUGUACGAUCUCGAGUAAAUUCUUCGGAGCAAGAAUGUUUAUAGGGAUUCAGAUUUUCGUGUUUAUUUCCGUUCUGUGCUUAGAUUUCGUGUUGCUACUGAAUAACGGGCUGGCCCGGACGCCUCCCAUGGGCUGGAUGUCGUGGGGGUACUACCAGUGCGCAGACAACUGCGAGAAAAACCCCGAAAAAUGUCUCAAUGAACAACUCAUCAUGUCCGUAGCCGACACAAUGUUUAAUGAGGGCUACCUGGAGGCCGGGUAUGAGUAUGUUGUGAUUGAUGACUGCUGGUCAGAGAAGCAACGGGAUCACAAUGGCCGCCUGGUGCCAGAUAGAAAGAGAUUCCCGAGGGGUAUGAAGUUCUUAGCGGACUAUGUGAGUCCACAAAAGGGUCUGAAAUUCGGCAUGUACACAAACGUAGGCAAAGACACGUGUAUGUACUCCGGCUCACGAGGAUACUUCGAGAUUGAUGCUAAGCAGUUUGCAGAGUGGGACGUUGAUUACCUUAAAGUUGAUGGCUGUUAUGUGGAGAACAAGUAUCUGGAUACUGCAUACAUACAACUUGGUGAUUAUUUGAAUAAAACAGGGAGACCCAUGGUCUUCUCCUGCAGCUGGCCUUAUUAUAAAGAGUACCUCCACAAAACAGAGUUCAGCUACGGGCCAAUCGCGGAGCAUUGCAACAUGUGGCGCAACUUCCACGAUAUCUUCAUCAACUUUGGCAACGUCGUGUGGAUCAUAGAGAACUACGAGAAGAACAACAAUCUUUACAGGCAUUACCAUAAGCCGGGCCAGUGGAAUGACCCUGAUAUGAUAAUCCUAGGAAACAACGGUCUAACCGAAGGCCAGAGUCGCAUUCAAAUGGGCGUAUGGGCGAUGUGGUCCGCCCCGCUUCUGAUCAGCUGCGAUAUGAGGAAGAUCACGCCGUAUGAGAAGCAACUACUGCAGAACAUGGACCUUCUGGCCAUUGACCAGGAUCCCCAGGGGAAGAUGGCUACCGCCUACAAGAUUCGAGACAAAGUGACAUUAUGGGUGAAGCGCCACCUACCGAUGAAAGGGGACAUUUAUUCGUCCUACUCUUUCGCCAUUACCAACCUGGGGUCAAAUAAUCAAAACGUCGAUAUCAAGCCAGCGGACUAUGGAUUGGAAUCUCCUGAUGCGUACACCGUUUAUGAUGUAUUCACGGGAGUUUUCUUAAGAAACCUGACGAGACAAGAGGUCAUUCACCUUUCAAUACCGCCUGAAGAUAUUAUUCUGUACACAUUAUAUCCGCUAUAAAAAGGUGAGGCGUAGUUAACAGUGACCAAGAUGAGAUAGGUCGAGGCGAAGGAGAGGUCGACAAACGUAUGAUCUGAGACGCUUCUUUACUGCUCUAGGUAUGUAAUGUAUUGCUCAAUUGAGACCGUUUACUUGGUCAGCAUUUUCUAUUAUUUAGACUGAAAUACGAAACGUAAUGCUGUCAUCUUGAGACAUUAUUAAUGUUUAUUAGUUUUUUUUUCUUUUUUGGGUUGUAAACCCGUGUUAUGUCCGUCCAAACUAAAGUGUUAAUUCAUUAUUAGGAGUUAUUUUUAAGUUUAUUUUUCAUUAGAGGAGCCAAAAAACUAUUGAAGUGUCGCGAGUCGCUUAAUAAUAUUUGUCUAAUUACUUGCAUAUGCUUAUCUGUAUCAAACCAUAAUGUAUGUUGUUUAUAAUUAUAUAGGUACAAAAAUUCCUAGGAAUCCUUAAAAAACAAAUAUUCGUUAGGUACUUAGAUAAGCAUAUACACAUAUUAUGUCGGUAGCCGAUUGUUACUGCGUUCUCAGUAAUAUGUUUUUUAUUAUUUUAAAUGAUUUAAUUUUGUGUUAUGUGACGUUGCUCUGAUAUGUUUAUUAUUUAUUUGAUUAAAUUGUGAUACUUGCGUUAAAGGCGAGUUAAAAUCUGCUCAAUUAAUAUGUGAUGUUAAAAUAAAUUUGACUCAUUA